AUAUUCUUUCACAACGAAAAAAAGAAACUUUAAGAUUCCACGAGGAAGUACAUGUAAAGCAUCAAAACGGUCUUAGUUGAACAUUAAUUACAGGAUUAACAGACAAUGUACUUUAAAACAUAAGAUCCCACUAGUAAUUACAUGCAAAGGAUCAAAACGGUCUCAAAAUGCAAGAAAGCGUGUCUUGGGGCAGAUUUUGUGAACGAAAUGCGAGAAGACGUGGCUUAAGUUCAAUCUUAUUUACUUUUAUGCUUCACACACCAUUCCCACACCACAAGAUAAACAAUUACUUUUAGUUCAAUCCAAUGGCUUGGCUGUGGGGAUGGUUUAACAAACCAGGUCCCUCGGGUUUCACCCCUACCUCUACUGCCGAGGAUGUCACUAAGGGAAUUGAUGCUACUGCUCUCACUGCCAUCGUUACAGGGGGAACAAGUGGCAUUGGGACAGAGACUGUGAGAGUUUUGGCAUUGCGAGGAGCUCGAGUAUUCAUGCCUGCUAGAAAUGUGGAGAACGGAAACAGGGUAAAGGAAGCCCUUCUCAAGGAAAAUCCUACCGCUAAAGUGGAUGUUAUGGAGCUUGAUGUCAGUUCCCUCAAGUCUGUUUACAAAUUUGCAGCUUCCUUCAAGUCAAUGAAUCAGCCAUUAAAUAUCCUUAUAAAUAAUGCAGGAAUCAUGGCCUGUCCUUUCCAACUUUCUGAGGAUGGUAUAGAGCUUCAGUUUGCAACCAAUCAUCUAGGCCACUUCUUAUUGACAAAUCUUCUGUUGGACAAGCUUAAGGCCACAACUAAAGAGACUGGAAUUCAGGGGAGAAUUAUAAAUGUUUCCUCUACUGCUCACAAAAGAGCACCUCAAGAGGGUAUUCGAUUUGAUAAGAUUAAUGACAAAUCAAGUUACUCACCUUUUCAAGCCUACGGGCAGUCAAAGCUUGCAAACAUCUUACAUGCAAAUGAACUCGCAAGGCGUCUUAAAGAUGAAGAAGCCAAUAUAACAGUCAAUUCUUUGCAUCCAGGAGUGAUAGCAACUAAUAUUGUCCGUCACGUGAAAUUUCUAGCUUUUCCUGCAACUUUGGUGAAGUUUUUGUUAAAGAGCAUACCACAAGGUGCAGCUACUACUUGUUAUUUGGCACUGCAUCCUAAUGUGAAAGGGACAAGCGGGAAAUAUUUUUCUGAUUGUGAAGAGGCAAAACCCACUCCGAAUGCUACUAAUCCUGCAUUGGCAAGACAGCUAUGGGAUUUCAGUGAGAAGCUUGUGUCAGAAGUUACAAUGACUGAUUGAGCAUUUUGACUUUUGAGGACGUUCUUUGUAUCAAAUUACUCAGGACUCAACUGAAUGAAUAAUUGUUAUAACCUAAGAACUAAAAAAUGGUUUGUUUACUAGGAUGACUUUCAUAGGCUAUACAGAUGCCUUUUGUUCAUGUUCAUGGGAACAGUUGUAUUUGGUUUAUGGUUUAUAUAGUGAAGAAAUAAUUACUCUUGA